AUGUCUUUGCCCUCUCUGCGGAUAUUGACCUCUGCUCCUACGACAAUCACCACCACGACGAAAGAUACGACUACGACCACGACCACGAGUAGGAGAAGUAGCAUCUACCCUAGCGACGAUGACCCCCUCAUCACCCGGGCCGCAAGUUUCACCGACUUGUCAAGUCAAUCGCCCACCUCGACGCCGCCCGGUCUGAGACGCACCUUCUCCGACUGCGCCAUUCCUUCUCUCUCCGAUUCGCCCACCAAAGAAACUGUGGCGGCGGGCAAGGAUAUCCUGCGGAGGACGUCAUUACGUGCGAAGAAGCCCGAGAGAUUCUCCAGACCGGUCUCACACUUCACCCUCUCUUCAACGGAAGAUCUCAAAGAAACCGUUAAUCCCCCACAGCAAGAUGGCAGCGAGCCAACUAUACCGGAAACGCGGGCUCCCGAACCUGUUGCUCGGCCCCUGAAAACUCGUUCCAUGUCGGGCCGAAUCGUCAGUUUGGCACGGAAACCCUGGGGAUCAGCCUCUCGUUCUCCUUCACCAGCGCCCAAGAGAUCCAAACAGAUAUUGGAGGAGCAACCGCCUACGCGCUCGAGCGAUCAGCGGACUGAUUCUACCGAAAAUGGCGAGGGGGACAUAACGCCAACCUCUCGUCGGCGAUCAAUGCUGUACAAGCGUCCCCGACGGCCCAUGGUCGCAGUCGUCUCGAAAGGUAACUCAGAUUCCCCGGAUUCACCGAACAGCCCCUCGCAGUCACUACGGAAUCGGACAUCUCUCGAAAGAUUCACCGCAUCGCUCUCCAUUUCCACCCCAAUUCUUCCUCCGAUGCCCAAGGGCGCAGCAAAGACCGUCGCCUCAUACGUCAAUAUCGCCAACGAUAGCAGCGUCAAGACUAGCAACAGCAUCAAGAGUAACGACAGACUUGAGAACACCAAAAAGGACGAGCUGUGGGGCAUGUUCCGGGGUCUCGAAGCAGACUUCCAAAAGUUCCAAACCAAGUCCAGUGCAUUGAAAGCGAAUGUCAUUCGCUCAUCGCUACUUCCGUUUCUGAGUCGUCAUCACCUGCACUCUUCUUGCAAGAACCUCCGACCCGAGGACCUGGACCGCAGAAUCAACAUUCUAAACAAAUGGUGGAUUGGCAUGUUGGAAAUGCUGAACGGCAAACACAAUCAGUCAAUUUCUGGCACCGACCGGCCAGUCUACCUGGAAGCGGUCGUGGGCAUCAUGAGUCGACCGGAGUGGCGUAUUCCCUACCCCAGUACCCAUCAAGACGGUGAUCAGAACGAUUCCUUGAAAUACGCUUCCACCUCCGUGUCCGAGGCUUCAGACGGGUCUGCCUCCUCGGGGUCUGAUUUCCUAGUCGAAAGCAUCCAUCACAAUAUCCGCAACAUUUUUGUUCAGAAUCUUGUGUCUCAGAUGGUGUUUGUGGUUGAGCGUAUGUCGAUGAGACAUGCACCUGCAAGCUUGGUGGCGUUUUGUGGUAAGGCAUGUGCGUAUGCCUUCUUCUUUUGCCCCGGAGUUGCAGAUCAGAUGGUCCGCCUAUGGAAGACGCCUACGGCGGUCUUUCGUCGUCUCCUGGCCGAGACUCCCAAGUCUCCAGGCGAGGACAUGCGUGCUUUCACCGAUGAGCUUGCUUCCCAUUUCCCUCUCGCGAUUCGGCCCUUGGCUUUCCAUUCCCACGCCCCUUUACUGCGAUACAUGCGCACCAAGCCCGAGCCACCCCUCAACACGACCAAUAUCCCUUGGCGUGGCCCUUGGAUUGCAAGAUGGUGUGGGCGUGACACCGAUCUCUUCUUUGUGUUCUUGAAGUACAUCCAUAUCCUCUACGCAGAAUAUACGCCGCCCGUCACGGCCAAAGAAAGAAGGAUUUUCGCACCAGGUUUGCUCAUGGUACACGCGCAACUGGUCGUUGCUAUCGAGGAUACGAUUUUCAAGCAGUCGGUGCAACAGCCGGAGACCAACCACAUCGCGGCCGCCAUCACGUUUGAUGACCUUAUGGAGUCUCCUGACGUUUCGGCGGCUUCCCACUCCCUCAUGAGUGGCCGAAACAGUCAGAGGCCGAUGGCCGAAAAUCGCUUGAUCAUUCUUCUUCGCGACUUUCUCUCCGACGCCUCCUCCGAGCCCAAUCGUGCUCGACUGUUCUACGCUGAAAGCUUUUGUGGUUUGCUCAAAAUUGCAGCGCAGCGUAUCUCUUUGUUCGAUCACCGGGCUUGCUUCCUUCUCUGUGAUUUCUUGGAAGAGAUCAUUCCGAUCGUUGCCCGAUAUUCGCAGUCCAUCGAGACUCAAUUUUUCGACUGGGCGUUCUGGUUGGAUGUGUGCCGGCAGAUGAUGCAAAGCCAUAAUUCACUGACGGAAGUGCGCGCUCUGUCAUUCCUCUACAUUAUAUGGCCCACCUGGACCGCGGCAAACGACCGAAAGGCGGGCCUUUGCUUGGGUUUCCUGCUACAUGAACCCGUCUUUUAUCAUUACUUUUAUCACUGGAGCCCAAUGGUGCGCGCUUAUUUCCAUCGCUUGCUGUGCUGGAGAGUGGGUCGAUUCCAGGAGGACCCCUCGUCACUUGAUUCCCUCAUAUAUGAGACGUUGUCUGAUCGACUGCUGCGAGUAUGGGAGUAUUACAUAGGGUUUCAAUCCAAGGCCGCAGAGGGGCUCACCGCGCCCUUGUCCUCGGCUCCUUGUACUCCUGCGCCCGGCCGACGGAUUAUUAUUAUUCGUUGCGAAAAUCAGCUGUCUCCGGUCAACCUGUUCGUCUCCUUCGACCGAGUCAUUCCUCCGGCGCGGUCGGAUCAGAUCAGCCCACCCAGACGACCAAGCCCCUCUACUCUGACUGGGCCAGACACUCAGCUGCCCAAGCGGCGGUGGGGGCUACUUCGUUCCAUGUUUUCAAGCUCGUUGAAACAGAACGAGGCCAGCGGUAGUAGUUCCUCAGACGACCCCGAUGGCACCAGUGAAGAUUCUGCGACCUCUCCGCAAAGCCAAUGCGUGGAGGAACACGAGAAGACGCCGACGCCACCCGUGGAAGAACCUGUGCCACCCAAGAUCACCCAUCAGCCGUACUUCUUCAAAUUCUCCCUGGAGUGGAUGGAUCGACCAUGUUUUCCUGCUAAAAACAAGCGUCUGUUCAGACCGUGUCUACCAGUGGCCUCUCAACUCCAUGUGCAGCAAUGCCGGUCGCGGUCCCCGACGGCAUCCGUUGAUUAUGAGACCGCAUCUGAGACGGUGUCGACCGACGAUACCUCGGAGCAAAGCACCACGCGAAGUGACAAGCAGAGUCAUACUGCGAGUUCACACCAGUCUCCAGUCACUACACAGAGCUCCCCUGUGACGGAGCUCGCCUCAGUUUCGAAGCAAGAGUACGUCGUCGCCAGCAAGUACGCCGGUCGCGCGUUGGCGGAAUGGGCGUAUAUUGUCUCCGAAUGCGAUAGUUUCUUUGCCCGUCGCCGUGACGAGGGCGUUCCCUCUGACCGCGCCGUGGAGACUCCCAGUCUUGGGGUCGAAAGCUUCCGAAAAUAG